AUGAUCCAUAUAACUGUGAAACUUAAAUACAAAACGGGCUGGCAAAGGCCCUUCGUUCAUUAUGAAGCAGCAGCAGAUGCGGGGUCCUGCGGCGGCUGGCUAGACGCUCAAUUAGAGCCCAGCGAACUGGAGGGCUGGCAAGAGGGUUUGCUGCUGCUGCCUGCGGAGGCCCAGCGCCUCGAGUUUGUCUUUAAAGAAAAAGAAGGAAGGGUUUGGGACAACCCCCCCAGGCCCAACAGGUUUGGGCGCAACAACUACUUGCUGGAGUUGGAGCCGGAAGAAGCAGAAGUGACUUUGGUGGUUGCCGACGGGGAGGCCGCCGCGCUGUACCUACACCCCACCCGCAGCAGCAGCAGCAGCAGCAGCAGCAGCAGCAGCAGCAGCAGCAGCAGCAGGGUGUUGGUUGUGACGGACUUGGACGGAACUCUUUUGGGCCAUAAUGGCUUUUUGGAAAAGUUCAAAAGACACUGGAAGCUGCGCCACCUCUGGAGGGGCUCCAAACUGGUGGGCCUUCAGGUGUACAGACACCGCAGCAGCAGCAGCAGCAGCAGCAAGUGUACAGACAGCGCAGCAGGGCGGUAG